CACAUGACACAGAAUGACCAAUGCUCGAUCGGCUUCUUCCUGUACACGGAACUGAUUGCGGAUUUCUGGCAGCCCAUGGCAGACCAAAAUGGGCACAUUGAUCUUGGCCCUCCAAGGGACACGGCUGCAGGUUUAGACUUCCCAGGUCCUCCUCCACCCAUCUACACCUGCACUCUGACUCCUGAACUAGUAGCCAAGGCUCGGGAUGAGCUUCAGGAGAAGCCUGAAUGGAGGCUGCGGGAUGUCCAGGCAUUACGGGAUAUGAUCCUGAAAGACCACCCUAAUCUGAGGACCCGGUUAGACGAUGCUUUUCUGCUGCGCUUCCUCAGGGCCAGGAAGUUUGAUUAUGACCGGGCUCUUCAGCUUCUCCUGAAUUAUCAUGCCAGCCGGAGAGCCUGGCCUGAGGUGUUCCAGGACCUGAAGCCCUCCACAGUCAAGCACGUCCUAGAACUGGGCUUUCUCACUGUCCUUCCCAGACCAGACCCUCAAGGACGCUACAUACUGUGUUUACGGCCAGGUAAAUGGAAGCCUAACGAUUACCCAUUUGUGGACAACAUUAGGGCUAUUUACUUAACAUUAGAGAAGCUGAUUCAGCCUGAGGAAACCCAAGUAAAUGGAAUCGUUAUCCUGGUGGAUUAUGCUGGAGUUGGCCUCUCUCAAGCUUCUAAUCCAGGUCCACUUUUGGCAAAGAAAGUUGUCGGUAUCCUGCAGGAUGGCUUCCCAAUCAGAAUAAAAGCUGUAAACAUUAUAAAUGAGCCACGUAUCUUCAAGGGUAUUUUUGCAAUAAUCAAACCAUUUCUGAAAGAGAAAAUGGCAGAAAGGUACGUCCUUCACGGCUCAGACUUGGCCUCUCUCCAUCGAGUCAUUCCCCAGUCUGUGCUUCCUCAAGAGUAUGGAGGAGUAUCUGGAAGACUUGAUAUGUACGCCUGGUCCAGAACUCUGCUGGAGGCUGAGGAAGAGUUUGUGGUAGAGUUUUGUCAGCCCGAUCCUCUGGAGGGCGUCAUAAUGCCGGACGCCCUGCUGUUUGAGGGUGAGCAAGGUGGCGCACAUGGAGAGGACUCCUUCAGACAUCUGCGCUCACAGCUUUAUUAUUGCUACUGACCUUCUGCCGAUGUGCAGCUGGUUCUGUUGAAACGUUUGCUGAGCUAUGACCAAUUAUGUAUUCACAGGUCACCGUAUGGGUCUGACUGUGUAAUAGAUCUGGUAUCUAAAGCCAUUCAGAUGCAGGAAAAUUUACGUAUAUUCAUUGCUUUGGCUCAAUCGGUUCACUCUGUAUUUUAAAACCUUGGUUUAAAUUCAUUAUCUGAGCUUAAUAUUAUUAGCCAUUGAACAAACAUUCUGGGUUUUAAUAUAUGAUAUAUAUCUGUAUUUAUUUUCAGUUAUACAGUGAGUUUAGAAAUGUUCAAAUGGUUGUUUCAGCUUUACAUGAUUUUGUGUUAUGUCUGAAAAAUGCUUGCCUUAAUUUAAGGUGAAGGGAAAAUUAUUAGUAUUUGUUUAGUUAGUUAAUCUUUUAGUCAGCACAUUGGAAAUACCUAAAAAAGAAAAUUCUGUCAUAAUUUUCUCACCCUCCGCUUAUUUCAAACCUGUUUGAGUGUCUUUUUUUCUGUUGAACACACAGGAAGAUACUACGAAGAAAGUCCAUUGUAAAGAUGCUCUGAUCGGUCGUUCGGAGAUCGGUAUCGGCUGAUAAUCAGAUUUAAUGACUUGAUCGGUACUCACUGAUCUGGCCAAUCUCAUGAACCGAUCACAAGUGUUUGUGUUAGAUUGAGAUGAGCAAAAUAUUUGAAUGACCUUUAAUGUAUUUAGGCCUUUUUAAAUAUAAGAACUAAAAUAACUUCUGUGUUUUAGACAAUGUUGCAAGUUCACUAAAACCUGGCUGGAAAUAUUGCAUAAAUAAAACAUAAACAAUAUAUUUUUUAACACGAACAUUUAAUAAUAUAACUUUUUGUAAUAUGCUUAUUGCAAUAAACAGUAGUUUAUAUGUCUGUUUCCUUUUAGGAAAGAAGUAAUGGAUUUAUAGGUGUACAUUUUGACUUUUUAUGCAUCAAAUAUGCGCUGCUAACUUUUUCUUGAUUGAGAUGGAAGAUUCUUCUUCCAUCAUUUGCAGUGUUUCCAAAUCGCAUUGUUUGUCAUUUUUCUUAUCAGUUUUUUUGUUUCAUCUAUUUUCUGUAAAGCUGCUUCUGGCCAUGACAUGUUCACACCUAAAUAGCUAUAAGAGACACGUUUAAGGGAUUAUAUGCAGCAUUCUUAAUUUAUUCUCUUAGGUAAGGAGAGAUCUCCACUUAAGUAUCAUACUUAGAGGGAAAACGUGCUUUAUGCAUUAUGAAGCUUUAAAGCAUUAGAAUCUGUACUCUGUAUCGGCCAAUCACCAUGACAAGGAAUCGGUACUCGAUAUCGGCUACAAAAAUCCUGAUCGGAGCAUCCCUAGUCCAUAGUAUUUUUUUUCCUACUAUGGUUGUCAUUAACUAAUAGAUUCCACAAUUAUUCAAAUAUCUUCUUUUGUGUUCAAUAGAAAACAAGAAACCAUAAAGGUUUAGAACAAGUUGACAAGUAAAUUGUCAUUAAUUUAAAUACGAAACAAUAACUGCUAAAUUUUAACUAAGUAAUUUAUUUUAUCCUAACAGCCCUAAAAUUAAUUUGUAGUUUUUAUGUAUUUUACUGUUCGUGAUUGUGCAUUACUACACUAAUUCACUGUUAACUUUUUGUACACCUUUGUUAUAAGCUUUACAAUUAGUGGGACACCAGAUAGUUCUUCAUUAAGAUAUAGUAAGCUUAUACUUUACAUUACAGCUACAUAGCAUUUUUAAAGUUGAGUGGCCAAAUUCUCAUUGUGUGUUUGUAUAUUGUCAUUUGCCAAAAACGAAUACAUAGACAUUAACUUUUAAUGUUGUACAGACCCUGUACAGAUAAAUGUUUUUUUUAUUAUUAUUUUUCAAAAAAUUAAAUGAAGAGAUGUUAUUUCAUUUUUAUCAAAGCACAUUUAUGCCUUAGUUUCAAGCCUUACGUUUGGUGUAAGUAUUGUAUCCAUAUAUAUAUAUUAU